AUGCCGAGCUCCGACAGUCCCGAGAUCACGACCUGGCAGCGUAUGAUGUCCGCUACUUGGGGAAGUUUAUUGACCUCGUUGCUUGUCACUCCGCUUGAUGUCGUACGCGUACGAUUGCAAUCUCAACACAUUCCAAAACCCUUGAACCUCUCUCGAUUCCCUGCCUACUCCACAUCGUUCAAGCAACUGCCACCCGAUCUCGGUAUCAAUUCGUGUUGCCGAGAAGUGUUUUGGGUGGGGAAUAAUGGUGAUUUCUGUAUAGCCGGGAAUGGAUCGGCGUCGACUUCCUCUGCAGCGGCAGCGGACUGUGCUGUUGAGGAAACACAAAAGAGGACCUUUAAUUCUACCUUGGACGGACUCAAGAAGAUUGCGAGGAACGAAGGCUAUCUGACUCUAUGGCGUGGCCUCUCCCCCACGCUGGUGAUGGCAAUCCCGGCCAACGUCAUUUACUUCACAGGGUACGACUGGCUUCGAUACCACCACGCGAGUCCCAUCAAGAAGAUUGCCAACGACACAUACGCUCCCCUCGUUGCAGGCUCGACUGCACGAGUAGCAGCCGCAAUUGCAGUUUCGCCGAUCGAAAUGUUCCGGACCCGGAUGCAAGCCACACGUGGAAGCAGUAACGGGGUGUUCAAGGAAACGGUGCUCGGACUGCACCGCAUGACCCAAACCCACGGCUACACCUCGCUGUGGCGUGGCCUCACACUGACCAUGUGGCGAGAUGUUCCCUUCUCUGCGAUUUACUGGUGGGGAUAUGAAGCCGUCCGAAGCGAGUUGACAGAUGCCCGCGAGGCUGUACGAGGCCAUCAGCUCGAGGCUGACCGUUCCAUGACCGGUGGUCGUACAGCUCAGAUCCACGAAACCCAUACGACCACAUUCGUCGACAGUUUUCUUGCCGGAGCAUCCUCAGGCGCCGUAGCCGCGUUGGUCACGACGCCAUUUGAUGUGGGCAAGACUCGUCAGCAAGUUCAUCAUCAUGCUGGCGACGAUGCACCCUCGGUAGCAGCAGCCCGAGAAGCUGCGAAGCAGGGCAAACAUAUCCCCGAAGAACUGUCGAUGCCGCGCUUUCUCUAUCAUAUCAUCAAAGAAGAAGGAUUGAGAGGGCUCUUCAAGGGUUGGGCGGCCAGGUGUCUCAAAGUGGCUCCUAGUUGCGCGAUCAUGAUCAGCAGCUAUGAGGUGGGCAAGAAAUGGGCGGAAAGAAUCAACAAGGAAGGGAAAGCGAAAGGCGGAGAUUUGAUUUGA